CUGGCAAUGGAUGUAAAGCUUCACAGGUUUUAAACUUAUUGUCCGCAUCUCCAUCAUCAUCCUCAUCAGCUUCAGAGAAGAUGGGCUGCUGCUCUGCACGAUGCAUGCUGAUCCUCCUGUGUUGUCUGCAGUUGAUUACUGCGCUGGAGAGGCAGGCGUUCGACUUCCUGGGAUACCAGUGGGCUCCCAUCAUGGUCAACUUCUUCCACAUCAUUGUGGUCAUCCUGGGCCUGUUUGGAGUCAUCCAGUACAGAUCACACUACGUUAUUUUGUACCUGCUGUGGACAUUGUUGUGGGUUGGCUGGAAUGUCUUUGUGAGCUGUCUGUACCUGGAUUUGGGAGGCCUUUCAAAGGACAGCGAUAUCCUCUCCCUCGGAGUAUCGUCACAUCGCUCUUGGUGGAAGGACAACGGGCCGGGAUGUGAGAGCGAGAGCCUUCCCUCUGCCGGGUGGCAGAACCAGCAAAACCCAGAGCUGAGCACCGUGCUGAGCUGCUGGCUAGAAUACCAGUACAUAGAAAUCCUGCAUUGCAUCGUGCAGCUCCUCAUAUCACUCCUGGGAUUUGUUUAUGCCUGCUACCUUGUCAGCACUUUUUCAGAUGAAGAAGACAGCUUUAAUUUCAUUGGUGAAUUCCAUCAUCCAUCCAAACCCUCUCAGUUGCUCUUCUAGUGUAAAGAUUCCUUGGUAGAUUAUAAAUGACCGCAAAAUGAAAGUGUUUGACAGAAGCAGAGUGAGCAGCAGAGGAUCAGGCAACUCUGAAGACUCUUGUAAUGUAUCAUCUUUGGCUUGGUUAUGCCUAAAAACAGACAUCACACAUGCUGAACCUCACUGUGCACAUGUAGUGUCCUGGUUCAAGAGGGGACUCCUCAGUAUACCACAGGCCUAGCUUUUAGUUUCAGUUUUUGUUGGGCCAUAAGAGCUAUAAAUCUGGGUGUACAUCUACCCGUGUGCAUGUGUGUGAAAGAUUCUUCAGCUUUCUAAUUAUGAUCUAAAAUAUGAUUCCAAAAUUUGUAUAUAAAUAACUGUUUCUUUUUGAUGUUUUGUAAAACGUAUACAAUAUUAAUAUGUGUCAUUCCAGUUAGAAAAAGUGGCAUCCCAAUGUGUAUCGUGUGUGAUAUCAUUCAGUGAAAUAAACUACAUCUACAGUU